UUCUGGUAUGUUGGUUCAUUUCUAUUUUCUCUACCUAUGAUAGGCUCUAUGGAUAUAUAUAAAGAAAAUAGAGUUUCUUCUACCAAGAAGGCAAUAAUAAAUACAGCAGGAGAGAUAAUACAUCAAUUCAAACAAUCCUAACAAAUGCCACAAGAAAGCCAGCAUGUUCCAUAGAGUAAGGAAAGAAACCACAUGAAAAUACCUAAGAAGCAUAGAUCCUGAGGAUCCUGAGGGCCAAGUUGGUAGGACGGCUGGUGGUGGUAGCGCAAGGACAGGGCACAUGGGUGCCAGAGAAGAGCGGACCCAUUGUUGGAGGAACCUACUUCCCAGGGGGCCGGACAGCACUCGGGGGCGGACCAGCCACACGGAGGCGGCAGCUAGGGAGACCGGGAACCCCGGAGGAACAGCAGUUUCAGGAAUGGAUCAAAGCAGUGAGGGAUAUAUGAAAAAGAUUAGCAGUGUAAAUCUUGACAAACUUAUAAGUGACUUCUCACAAAUAGAAAAGAAAAUGAUAGAAACCAGUGGAAAGAACAAUAUACUAGAUAUUCAAUUGGAAAAGGCUAACAGUUUAUUAAAAGUAAUGCAAACAAAGGAGGUCUCAAUGAAAGAAGAAUGUGCUACUCUUCAUAGUAUGAUAAAAGGGCUACAACAGACUGUUGAAUGUCAACACAAUUUUAAAGAUGAAAAUGAACAACUAAAAAGAAAUGCUGAUCUUAUAAAAGAGAAGUUAAAGUCUCAUGAACAGGAAUAUAAGAAUAAUAUUGCCAAACUUGUAAGUGAAAUGAAAAUCAAAGAGGAGGGAUAUAAGAUAGAAAUAAGCAAACUUUGUCAGGACAUGCAGAAAAAAGUUGAAUUAAAUGAAGAAAAGCACAAAGAACUAAUCAAGAAAAAGGAAAUGGAAAUUUCAGAGUUAAAUGCAAAAUUAAGAACCCAAGAAAAGGAAAAACAAAGUGAAAUAAUAAAGCUACAGCUAGAGUUUGAUGCCAAACUAGCAAAAGUUCAGAUUAAAUCAAAAUCAUAUCCGGAUUCUACUGCUUUGCCACAAAGUAUCUACAGAAGGAAGCUUCAACAUUUUCAAGAAGAAAAAAACAAGGAGAUUGCAAUUCUUCGUAAUACCAUUCGCGAUUUAGAGCAGCGCCUGUCUACUGGCAAAGAUUCUCACUUUAAGCGAAGACGGUUUUGAGCAUAGCAGUAAAUUCAUUAGUUGCUACUUAAUUUCUUUAAAAGCAAUUGAAAAAAUUCACUUCUAUUUUCAAUAUAAGCAUACCAACUAAAUAAUAACACGCAAAAACUACAGCUUUGAACUUUUUAAAAUUGAGUUUAUUUAGACAAAUCCAUAC